AUGACGACGGUCCCCCCGAGAAACGGUGCGAUGGACGUGCUCACGUGGCUCAAAAUGAGAGAAUGUCCGCUGGAGCACAUCCAACUCGCGCAUUAUAUGAAUUUGGAAGUGCGUCGAAUCCAGAACGCGCGGAUAAUCAGUCCCAAGGGGUACGAGCCGAUGGAGGUACUUCAGAAAGCGCAAAAGAAUGCUCAGAAUUGUGAACUCUCCAGGUUAUGACGUUUUGGGUGACGAAACGCGACUAUCCGUAUGGCGACUACGAUCGGACGCGCGGAUUCGUGUCGAAAAGUCGCAAAUACUUUGAGAUUGCGAGGAAAGGGAAACCGGAGGACAACAGGAAGUACGGCAGGGGGAAAUCAGCGUAGAAAUCGAUCCGAUCAAAUUUUCGGCUCAAAAUUCAUGAAUUUCAGUCAUUUUCCAACCAUUGUCGGUGUGGGAGCGCUUGAAAUUGGUGCUUUUUGGUUUUUGCUCAUAUUUCUCUCUGAAAGUGAAUCCUUUUCGGCUUAAAUCAAAUCGGUCUGAAACAGUCAAGAUAGACACUCUAGACCAAUACUGAUAAUCGUGCAAAGUAUGGUCCCAGUAGCCCUAAAUAUUCGAUCUCAGAUUCCGAGUGCACACAAUCUCGGCGGACUGCAAACUCGAGGCGUUCGUGGCCGAAUCGAUCGAAAUGUGCUCGGAGCGAGAUGUGAUCCAAAUUGUGAACGUCCAGUUCAACAAGGCGGUCCUUUCGGUCGUUUUGCCGAAAAACGAGCUGCACGGACCGAUCAUCACGAAUGGUCCGCACGGAACCAUCCGUUUCUCCUCCGACAACCGCCGCCUUCUCUACUUUGCCAAACCCAAUGCGAAACAACUGAAAACUGUAACUCUACUGGAAUUUUUUUCAUUUUCUCAUCGCUUUCGCUUCAGCAAUCGGGCAAGAAUCGCAAGUUCGUCGUGUGCACUUUCGAUUUGGACACGGAAAAAGUGGCGGUGAACACUGACGAGAAUUUGUGCGAACGCACCAUCAAUAUGGUCAGUUUCCUGGAGAAAAACAAGAAAAUCGUCGGAAAAUGAGUAUUGUAGAUCGAAUGGACGCCCGACUGCCGCGGCAUCAUUUUCCAUCGGCGCCGCGAGCUCGUUUGGCACAAGUUUGGAGAGUCCUACUACAAUCAGAUAAUGAACGAGGUUCCGGUGCCGCGCCGCAUUUCCUUCUCGCCAGACGGCACCCGACUCGCUGUUUUCAUCGGUGCCGACUUUCAGUGCACUCGCGCCGUUUAUCUGGUACGUUUCGGCUGAACUUUUGACCGACUUGCAAUAAUCCGAUUGAAAUCAAACUUUGAAGGUUUCUUGUUGUAAAUUCAAGAAAUCUGCAAAAUUUGGGCCCAGUCGGAUGAUUGCAAGUGAUCCAAAACCAGUUCUGGUUUUGAGUGCUCCCGGUCCAAAAUGGUUUCCAUUUCAGUACCACUGGCCUCUGGUGAAGGCGGCGAGCAUGAAGCACGACGCGAUUUCGAUUGCUCCGUUCAACGUGUGGAGUGUGCCCGACCGGCCGUGGGGAGCCGGAAAUCAGCUGUUGGUGUUCAAUAUCAAUGUGAACACGGACGUGGUGAGUGCAUGGUUUUACAGGCGGAUUCGGGCGAGUUGGUACCGUUCCAAAAGGUCUAUUUUCUUCCUGUCUCAUGGUGUCCAGUUAGGGGCCCUUUUUUGGAUGCUAAUACUAUACUUUGAAUACCCAAAGGAUCGAAUCAAAUUGAGAUUACCCAAGUAUUGCAGCGAGUAUGCGUGCUCAACGUGGAGUCCCUUUCGCUGACGACCAUCUCGCUGCCCCGCCCGGGAACAGUGAUCGACGUGCGCGACGACGAAAUGCUCAUGGAGACGGUGUCGGGCAACACGCACUCGCGGCUCUGGAUAUCGCAUUUGACCGAGUCGCCCGAUGCGCACGAGAACGCGAACUUUCUGAUGGAACAGCCGCCGCGCCACCAGCACGUCCACACGUUCGGCGCCUCGGAGCACUCGUUCGACGGGGACCGCUACUCGGCGGUGCUGAUCACGCCGUGCGAGACCCCCGGCGAAAUGAGGCCGCUCGUCGUCAUUCCGCACUACGGAAACGCGCCGAAUCACACGAUCAAGUGGGCGAUUUUAAAGGAAAAUCGAAUGAAUUUCUAUGUUUUCAGCGACCACAAAGCGUACAUCAAGACGCUCGCUCACGCUGGAUUCUUCGUGCUCACCGUCAAUUACCGCGAGCCGUUCGUCACUCUUCCCGGCUACGAUUUCCCGAAAACGAGCGGAUCUGCUGAUAUUCAGGACGUUCAUGUUAGACUAACUUGCGAUAUUGUGACCUCAAUUUCAAUUUCAGGAAGCGGUGCUGGCGAUCCUCUCGCAGUACGUGAACAGAAUCGAUCCGAUGGACAUUAAUUUGUUCGGAAAACGGUUCGGAUCGUUCGUCGCGUGCAGUCUGAUCGUCAAAUAUCCAAAGUUCUACAAGCGGUGCGCGCUCAUCCGUCCGAUGCUCGAAUUUCCGUUUAAACCGGAGAAGAAGGUGGUGGACAUCUUCCCGGGAGGCGUGCAGUUGAAGGACGUGGAGCCGGUGAACCACGCGAAGUCCAUCAAAACGCCCGUGUUUUUCCUUCACGAUGACAGCGACGGACUGUUUAAGUACAAGAAGUUCGAGGAGACUUUGAAGCGGAAUAACGUCCCCGUUUUGUUAGUUUUUGUUAAAGUAUUGGUUUCGAGUAUCUACUUUGAAAGUUUCAAACUGAUUGGAUAGUCUGAUCUGGAGAUAUAUUGUUUUGAAGCCUAAAAUGAAUACAUCUCCUAACCAAGUUAUCCAAUCGGACUGAAACUUUCAAGAAAGAUACUACAGACCAAGAUUCAUCGUACUUUUAGAAAAUUAUCGUUCUUUUUUCAGUUCGGAACCCGGCUACUGGUUGCACGAAUCCUACGUGGCCAACGUCAUCGAGUUCUACAAAAAACCCUUCCGCGGAAUCCCCCAAUAG